AGUAGGAGGGAAAACAGGCAGCUUCUAUGAGGCAGUCUGCUGCUGCUUCCACCGUGUAAAGGUUGCAUAUAUUGGUAUUAACCUCACAGAUCCUAUGUUCAGAGGAAUCUACAGGGGAACACAAAAACAUCAAGAUGACUUUUUGGACGUGGUAGAGAGAGCAGUCAAAGUUGGUGUUAAAAAGUUUUUGAUUACAGGUGGGAGUCUACAAGAUAGUAAAGAUGCAUUGCAGCUGGCACAGACAAAUGACAUGUUUUACAGUACAGUUGGCUGUCAUCCUACCCGCUGUGGAGAAUUUGAGCAGAGUAGCCCUGAGCAGUAUUUAUCUGAAUUAAAAAAUCUGAUUGAAAAAAAUAGGACAAAGGUAAUAGCAGUUGGAGAAUGUGGCUUAGAUUUUGAUAGAUUAGAAUUUUGCCCAAAGGACAUCCAACUCAAGUAUUUUGAAAAACAAUUUGACCUGUCAGAACAGACACAACUGCCUAUGUUUCUUCACUGUAGAAACUCACAUGCUGAAUUUUUAGACAUAAUGAGAAGAAACCGAGAUAGAUUUGUAGGAGGGGUGGUACAUUCUUUUGAUGGCACGAAGGAAGAAGCAGCAGCUAUAUUAGAUUUGGAUCUUUAUAUUGGAAUAAAUGGCUGUUCAUUGAAAACAGAAGCCAACUUGGAAACACUGAAAUCUAUUCCUAGUGAACGAUUAAUGAUAGAGACUGAUGCGCCUUGGUGUGGAGUGAAAAAUACUCAUGCUGGAUCGAAAUAUAUUAAAACUACAUUUCCUACAAAAAAGAAAUGGGAAAUAGGGCACUGCUUGAAGGACAGAAAUGAACCCUGCCAUAUAAUUCAAAUACUGGAAAUAAUGGCGGCAGUAAGAGAAGAUGACCCACUUGAGUUGGCCAAUACUCUAUAUAACAACACUAUUAAAGUCUUCUUUCCAAAUAUAUAGUUGUUUUUCUUACAUUUACUUAGCAUAACUUUAGUAAAUAUAUUGCAAAAACUUAAAAAUUAUCAUAUCUGCAAGUUCUUAUCAAUGGAAGCCAAUAUGUAGUGUUGUUUUUUUUUUUUAUGGUACAAGAUUAAAGCUACUUUUGAAAAGGUG